CCUGUCGCUCUCUGCUCAGUGUACAACUGAGUGCCAUCAUGUCUGUGCGGAAAACGGAGGAGCUCCUGGCCAAUGAACUGAGCUGCCCCAUCUGCCUGAAGCUGUUCUCCGAGCCGGUGAUGCUGCCCUGCGGCCACAACUACUGCCUGGCCUGCAUCUGGGAAGCCAUGAUGUCCGAGAAGGGCCCGCACCUCUGCCCCGAGUGCCGACAGGAGUUCCCAGGCAGCAAAGCCCUGCAAAGGAAUCUAAAGCUCUGCAACAUCGUCGACACCUACCGGGCCGCUCUGGAGAAAAGUAGCCGUGACCAAGUGUGGUGCGGCCACUGCCUGGAGGACAGGACACCAGCCGCCAAGACGUGCCUCAGCUGCGAGAUCUCCCUGUGCUCGCAUCACCUUCAGAGACACUCCAUUAAGUACUCCUUCAGCAACCAUACCCUAAUGGAGCCCAUGUCGGACCUGAGCGGGCAGAAGUGCUCCAUCCACAGCAAGGCGCUGGAGUUCUUUUGUGUGACGGAUGCUUCGGUCCUGUGUGCCUCCUGCUUCAUCGAGGGGACCCACCAGGACCACGACAUCCAGAACUUUGAAAGUGCUGAGGCGGACAUCCGCUGCAUCCUCCAGUCCCAGGUCAAGCUGGCCAGUAACAAGAUGAAGAUGGUUGAGACCCUGCUGCAGAGGAGCUUGGAAGAUGAGAAGGUCUUCGCCACUGCCAGAAACAGGCUGGUCGCCAAAAGCAUGACUCUGCUAGGCAGCAUGCUUCAACGGGUGAACAGCUACAAGUCCGGGCUGAGCCGGGAGCUGGAGGAGGAGCAGGGAGGCCAGCAGGAGAGCUGGCAGGCGGGCAUCAACCAUGUCAUGAAGCAGCAGGCCGGUUUGAAGGAGGUCCACGAUCAGGUCGCAUCAAUUUUGGAGGAGACAGACACAAGCAUGUUUGUCCUGAGGUACCUUGGGAUCAAGGAUCGGCUCAAAGACGCCAUAGAAAGCAACGUGAGCAUGCCGUCACAACGAGUCUUGGACGUAAAGCGCCUCCAUGCAGCCAUGGAGACCGACGAGUUCAGAGAGGAAAUGACUAGGCUGCUACAAGCUCUGCACACCUUGCUGAACCCACUAGAGCUGACCUUUGACCCAAACACCGUCCACCCCAACUUGAUCUUAUCCAACGACCUGAAAACAGUGAAGUACAGCGCCAAACGGCAGACGUACCCCGAGCACGCGGAGCGCUUCCAGACCACCCCCCAGGUGCUGUGUGCUCAGGGCUUCUCUGGCGGCGAGCACGUCUGGGUGGUGGAGCUGGGCCCCGGAGCAUGGUCCGUGGGUCUGUGCUACCACAGCAUGCCCCGGAAGGGAGACGUCAGCCGACUGGGCCACAACGCCGUCUCCUGGCGCCUCCAGUGGAAGAACAAGAAGCUGACGGCCUGCCAUGGGUCCAGCGUUGCGGCGCUCCCCGACACCCUGCCGCCCCUCCGAUUGGAGAUGAUCCUCGAUUACGGAGCGGGCACCUUGUCCUUCCACAGCACCGUUGGCCGCAGGGAACACCUGCACACCUUCAGGACCACCUUCCGGGAAACAGUUUACCCUGCCUUCAGCAUCCAUUCCACCAGCACCGAGUCCUGGAUUACUUUACAGAACUGAAUCUCAUCUGGUACUGAGAUUAUGGUUUUUCGUGGCAUAUUCUGUCUUUUAUAGAAGUAAGCAAAGGAGAGGUAAUUGCUCCAAAA